AUGAUGAGACAUAUACCGAGAAAAGUUAAAGACAAAUUUGAAGUUCUCGGUGUGAUUGGUGAAGGUGCAUAUGGACUCGUGCUCAAAGCUCGAAAGAAAGAAUCCGAGCAAGUUGUGGCAAUUAAAUAUUUUAAACAAAUGCCCGGUUAUAACAGUGAUAUUGACAUCGUCGAACGUGAACUGAGGAUCUUACAAUCUCUUCGAUUUGAAAAUAUUGUCGAGUUAAUCGAAUGGUUUCGCGAUAAGAAGCGAUACUUUCUCAUUUUCGAAUAUGUUGAUUCGAACAUGUUGGAAGUCUUACAAGAACAUCCAACAGGUUUACCACUCGAACAGGUACGUCAAUUAUCGCAUCAGUUAUUCAGUGGUGUUCAUUGGUGUCAUACACAUGAAAUCAUUCAUCGUGAUAUCAAACCAGAGAAUCUGCUUAUAUCAAAAAGUUUCGUUUUGAAACUGUGCGACUUUGGUUUUGCAAGGUUUUGUAAUGGACAAGCGUCAGCGGAUUACUAUACAAAUUAUGUUGCAACGCGAUGGUAUCGAUCACCGGAGUUGCUUGUGGGUUCUGCUUAUGGUAAAUCAGUGGAUAUCUGGGCAUGUGGAUGUAUUAUGGCUGAAUUGGCAACUGGUCAAGCUUUAUUUGCUGGUGAAAGUGAUAUUGAUCAGUUGUAUCGUAUACAGAAAAGUUUAGGACAGUUACCAAUGAAAUAUCUGGAAGAUAUGAUACGCAAUCCGAAAUUUGAAGGCUUCAAAUUUCCUACAGUGAAACAUGUCGAACCUUUGGAAAGUCAGUUCAAUCAAAUCUUUCCUGCUGAUUUCCUACAUUUAUUCAAAAAUUGUUUACAACUACGCUCCGCAGAUCGUUUAACAUCUGAGCAAUGCAUUCAACACGAUGCAUUUUAUUAUUUAAAUCAUAAACGUUCACAAUCUCUUCAUCAACGUGAAACACCUUCUCAAGCAGAGAGUCGACUGAGUAGAUCAUAUGAAGAUAGUAAUCUCAUUCCUACUCGACAUCGAUCCUCAUCAACAAAUCACAAUGUUAGCGUUGAUGAGCACACUGAUCUAUCGUUCGCUUCGGCAUCGUUCACAUGCGAAAAGUCCAAACAUCAUACUAGUAAUGCUUUACCAGAUAGAUCAGUCUCGUUCAAUCAACAUCGACCGAAGAUAAUCCGGGCACGAACUCGAACGUAUUCAUCGUCCAGCGAUGAAGAAGGUCAAUCCUCAACAUUCAAAUCUCGAUCUGUGAACGAGAAUAUCGACACGAAUACAAGUCUUCUUCGCAAAACUUAUCUUCCCAGCCAACAAUCGACUCCGUCAAUUCGUGAACAAUCAUCUUCAACAUUGAGACAUGAUGCAAACGAAGUGUUACUCAGACCUAAGCCUCAACCUCCAGUCGAUCUAAUUCAAACAUCAUUGCAAAACAUCAAUAAACGAUUUAGUCUGGACCAAUAUCGAUUGGUAACCAAUAAUCAACAACAAAUUCCCGAAUCGUAUGUUUAUCGUUCAUCAAUGAUUAUCGUGCCAGAACCGACGCGAGAAGGACCAGUUAACGAUACUCAUCUACUACGUUCUAAAACUCGCGAAAGUAAACGAGACCUGUUUCGUAGCCAGUCUGUUCAUUGUCAUCCAACGUCAGAUACUGCAACGAAUGCGCAACGAAUACCUUCCAAGCAGACAGUUUCUGAUGUGAUCGGUAACAACGAUGCUGAUUCUACAGUUUCAUCGUCUGUUCGAGGAAAUCGCAGUUUCGAACAACAAGUCAGCAACGUCUUCCCACGCACUUUGGAACAACGACGAAACAUCUCUGGUAGCGAUAGUCAUUUAAGUAAUUUAUCCAUCAAUCGCUCAUCUUUCGGUUUAACAAAAGGCGAUCAUACUUAUAUGAAUAAAAAUGCACUCAUACCUCAACAAGAUCUCACUUCCAUAACAAAAUUAUCCACUCACUCGAAAACAUCCAGUGACCUGACUCGGAGACAACCAUCUAACAGUAGUCUUUUCAGUGUUUAUCCACCUGCUCGAAUUGCAAUGAAGCAUAUGGCUAGUGCUCUGACAUCGUCGUCUCAACCUCGGUCGACACCGUUUCGAAACUCCGCUCUAAAAUCGCCCCAAGAUGAAAAUUAA